CGGCGCCAUACAAAAAACGAGCCGUCGCCGCGCGCGCACGCCAGGGCACCCCCGCCCACGCCCACGCCCACCCACCACCCCUCGCCUCUCGUUGCCCGCCGCGUCGCGCUCACGAGAUCCCAGAAGAGGACGCACGGCGGAGCGGGAGCGGAAGCUAGCAAGCAAGCAAGCAAAGCAAGCGGCCACGAAGCCAUGGCGGCGCCGUCCUCCCUCGCGUCGUCCUCGCACCUGUCCCGCCGCGCCACCGCCGCGGCGUCGCCGUCGAUCCCUCCUCCUUCUCCCCCUCCUCCUCCGCAGCGGCUCCGGUGCGGCUGGGUCGGACGCGCGGCGCCGCCGACGCGGCGCGCGCCAGGUGUUUGCUCCGUGGUCUCGCCCAGCAAGCCAGGUGUUGCUGCUGUUGACGUGCCGGCCGCGACGAUUCCUGACGCGGCGGCGACCGGCGUCGGCGUCGCCGAGCGCAUUUCGGUGUCGUCGCUGCUGGAGGUUGUGGCGGACGACUUGCUCAAGCUUAACAACAACCUCAAAUCGCUUGUUGGUGCAGAAAAUCCAGUUUUAGUUUCUGCGGCUGAACAAAUAUUUGGUGCCGGUGGAAAAAGAUUAAGACCGGCACUAGUUUUUCUGGUAUCCAGAGCAACUGCUGAAUUGGCUGGUUUAUUGGAACUAACUACAGAACACCAACGUUUGGCAGAGAUCAUAGAGAUGAUCCACACUGCAAGUUUAAUACAUGACGACGUCAUAGAUGAUAGUGGGAUGCGAAGAGGGAAGGAAACUAUUCAUCAGCUAUAUGGAACACGGGUGGCUGUACUUGCUGGUGAUUUUAUGUUUGCACAAUCUUCUUGGUUUCUUGCAAACCUUGAAAAUAUUGAAGUUAUAAAGCUCAUCAGUCAGGUAAUCAAGGAUUUUGCCAGUGGUGAAAUAAAACAAGCAUCAACACUUUUUGACUGUGACAUCACCCUUGAUGAUUACCUGCUCAAGAGCUACUACAAGACUGCUUCUCUGAUUGCAGCAAGCACAAGGUCAGCUGCCAUAUUUAGUGGUGUCAGCACUGCUAUAUGUGAACAAAUGUAUGAAUACGGAAGGAAUCUCGGUCUCUCCUUCCAGGUAGUCGAUGACAUUCUUGACUUCACCCAAUCAGCUGAACAACUUGGGAAACCUGCAGGAAGUGACCUGGCAAAGGGUAAUCUAACAGCCCCGGUCAUUUUCGCUUUGCAAGAUGAACCACAGCUCAGGGAGAUCAUUGAUUCCGAGUUCAGUGAAACAAAUUCCUUGGCUACUGCAAUAGAGCUAGUUCAUAGAAGUGGUGGAAUAAAGAGGGCUCAUGAGCUUGCAAGAGAGAAGGGUGAAAUAGCUAUCCAAAGUCUGCAGUGUCUUCCAAGGAGUGAGUUCAGAAGCACUCUUGAGAACAUGGUGAAAUAUAAUCUAGAAAGGAUUGAUUAGGCAGCUUUACUUAUUUCACAAUCGGAUACAGAACCUCCUUUGUGAGCUUACAGUAGCUCCCCAAAAAGGCAAACUUUUUAAGGUUUUGGGCCCUGUUUGGAUCAGUGGAUUGCCAAUGGAAAAUAAGGGAAAAUGACAUUAUUUUCUUACAAAAUGAUCCUGUGGAAUUCUCACGAAACAGACCAUUUGGUUAUGUGAGAUGAAUGAUGCAGGACAAAAUCAUCGGAAAGCAGCGACCUUGCCAGGUUCCUCCCACCUUGCGCCUACAUGUAUCCUAGCAUUUUAUUUUUGCACGUCUUGUAAAUAAAAGAAGUAUAUUGACAUUAGCAUUCUUUAGUUUUGCAAUUUUCACAUGCAUAUAGAAAACACGUUGUGUGUACUUGUAUGGGCACCUCACCUGACAGGCUCUCACAACAUUUGUGUAUUCUGUGCUGCUGAGAUAUGAUGUUACCAAUUAAAUUACUACUAAUGUGAUGUAUGGCUGAAUUAGACAAUACUGAACUACA